CGAUAAGAGAGAGGAAAUGAGAAAAAGGAUAGAGAAUGAAAAGAGGGAGAAAAGCGAUCGGUAGUAAUUCGAACGUAUCAUGUCUUUGAAAUUUGCCCUCUGUCGGCGUGUCCUCGCGUUAAUUCGAUCAUCAGGUGUUUGAAAGAUUCACGCACGCAGAUUAGUUCGUUCAGGCUUUUCGUACUCGUGUGUGUUACGUCCUCGUUCGAUAAGUGUGUCGAAUUAAUCCAAAUAAAUUAAAUUAAUCGUCGAAUAAGAAAAAGAGAGAAAGAGAGAAUACUUUAGUUAAACAGAACUACAAAGAACAUGAAUAUAAAAGCUCAUAACCAUAAAUAAUCGGCGAAGUUAAUGGGACGAGUUUUUGUAUUCGAAUAGUAUUUAUCAUUGAAAGAGACUAAGUAGCAAUAUCAACAAGAUCAACAAAAAGAGUUAAUUACGGUCUAUCCGCACGACGCAGUUAAGUGUUAUGACGAGUUUAAACUCUUGCACGGAUAAAAGUUUAUGUCAUCUCGAUAAACCUUCGAGGGAUGUAGUAGAAUCCGAUGUUAAAACGUUGGAGGAUAAACUUCCUAAGGAAUUGAGUCGUCUAGAAUCUCAAGUUGCCGGGCAUUCCUUUGAUAAUGAAAAACAGACGAUCGGUAUGUUGCGAGCACCAUCGGGUCGGGUGUUAAAACCCAUCACGAAGCCUCAUCUCGGUGAUAGAGAAAUAUCUUUCUAUGAGAAUUUGCAAAAUUCUUGCGACGAGACGAUUUUGGAAUUGAAAAAUUAUGUGCCCAAAUAUUUUGGUACGACGGAGAUACUAUUCUCUGACAAAAAUAUAAAAUUUGUCGUGCUGCAAGAUAUAACAGAAGGCAUGGCUGAACCAUGCGUGAUGGAUAUAAAAAUUGGCAAGCGUACGUGGGAUCCAUUGGCUAGCGAAGAAAAGAGAAUAAGCGAGGAAAAGAAAUACGCGCGAUCGAAGGAAGCUUAUGGCUUUUGCAUUACUGGUUUUCAAGUGUAUUGUCUCUCGAGUGGCGAACUUAAGAAGUUUGACAAGAAUUAUGGCAAGACACUCACUCCCGAAGCUGUAGUCGAAGCAUUGAAGAUCUUUCUAAACGUGACACCUCAGAGGCCAGCAUGUCGUCAGUUGAUCGUCAAAUUGUUGUCGCUACUUUGGAAGAUACUCGUUAUAUUUCGUAAGCAAGAGAAUUUUCGUUUUUAUUCGAGUUCAAUACUGAUCGCUUACGACGCCAGAAGAUUACGUUAUUAUCAGCGUUUCGAGAACGACGAUAAGAAUAAAUCACCGAUAAAUUGUCAACGUGCCAAAUCCUUUUCUUCGACCUUGUCCACGAGCGGAACGAAGGACAAGAAUUCGGACAAGGGUUAUUCUCCGAAGGAAUCAUCACAAAAUAUUCAACAUCUUCGUAGAAAGGUGUUAGAAAGGACGCGAUUGUUGAAACGUAGCGUGAGCCUUCAAUUUGGUAUUAAGGAUUGUUCUAAUUCGUUCGAAAGAGAAGAUACACAUCGCAAAGUAUCGUUAUUACAAAGAAGCGAUUCCUAUGGUCCAGAUUCAAGAAUAGACAAACUCUGUCGUACUCAUUCCCAUGCUCAUAAUUUCGAUCAGGAGAUUGUCAAUAUGAAGGAGGAUUACGCCGCACUUUUGAACGAACUUAGCAGUACCUACGAGGACAAACAAAAUUGGGUCAGGGUGAACAUGAUCGAUUUCACUCACGUAUUUCCUGCACCAAAUGAGACCGCAGGCUUGGACCACAAUUAUCUCGAGGGUAUUGAAAAUUUGAUCAAACUUUUCGAGACUUUUCUGAUACAGAGAGAAGGAUGUACUUUGACGUUGGACACGUAAGAGACGAUUAAUGAUCUAUAUACUUACAUACAUAUAUAUAUACAUAUAUAUAUGUAUAUAUGUAUAUAUAUACACAUAUAGAUACACAUAUAUAUACUGUACCAUACUCGAUGAUCUUUUUGAUUUAACGAAGGUCUAUCAAAGACUGGAAUUUAUUUCUUUUCGAAUAACAUAAAUGAGAGAAAGAAAGAGAAAUAUAAAUAGAUAGAUAGAUAGUUAGAUAGAUAGAUAGAUAGAGAGAGAGAGAGAGAGAGAGAGAGAAAGAGAGAGAGAGAGAGAGAGAGAGAGAGAGAGAGAGAGAUAAAGAGAAAAGAAACGACUCGUAUAUGUACAUAUAUUGUUCUGUAUGUCAAAAAGCAUUGACAAAUAAAGGUAAAACUCUUA